GGCCUAUCUACGUCCUGCUGUCAAAGCUGUAUCUCGGGUCCCCAUUCUCUGGACCGUCUUGCCUGUCUGUAGCGAGACUCGAGCACCCGUUGCCGUUGACGACUCUACCUACACUUGCCUGUUUCUACCCCUUCCCGACACUGUUCUCCAUUUCACAGCCGGGCAAGCACAUCCGCAGCCCCUUUUAGUCCCAAUACUUGGUCCAUGACCUCGGCCAGCCUGGCGACAGCGACCUCAGACAGCUGGUUGGUGCACCACUACCUCUUCCCAUCAAGCUUCAGCCCGUGCCUCCUCCCAGCCUCGUUCCACUCCGCGGCCGAAACCCCAGCCCCCUUCAGGUCCAGCCACACCAUGUUCGUCUCCACGGACCCACCCGCCGUGUUCUCGACGCUGACGACGCGGGUCGGGGCACUUGUGCAUGUCGUCGGUCAGCACCGCGUGCUUUUCGACGUCCUCGACGGCUAGGUGGCGCCCGUUCAGCGGCCCAUGGCGCCUGACAGGUGGGCCACGCCGCCUGCCUCGAAGUGGAUGAUGUGCGAGCGCGCGUCGGCGAGGAUGGCCAUAGCUGGUUUGGUUUGGUUGGUGAGUAUUGGCAGUCGUGUUUGUUAUAUUGCUGUGGCCGUGAAGGAGAACCAGGCAUCAAAGGGGAAGGAAACUAGGAGACUCACGGUGGUUGCUACAGAAGUGCCCUCAGCGCAAGCUAGUUGGCCAUGGUUUCGCUGAUGACGAAGGCUGCGGCCUCGUGCCCGCAGAGGCUGGCCAUCUAGUCGGCCGUCGUGGCGUGUUCUCCAUAGACAUCGUCGUUGAAGGUUGCCUGUGCUAUUGCUUUGAGCAUGCCAACUGACGGCGUUGUGACGACAUCGCCUUGAUAUAGUCAGCUCCGCGAUCGACAACCUUGAUAGCUUCACUUGGACCUACUUCUCAGGUCGAAUGCCGCCCCUGUCUUCUCGGGGCAACCCCAGUUUCGCGGUUGCAGUGCCCCUGACACAAG